CAUUGUGCGUGUUGGCGUUGGAGGCGGUGGCUUCAUGAGUUGCUUCGCAGAGUGGCGGGCGCUUCGUCCGGUUUCUCCUCCCCUUCCCUUCCAUUAAGCCGCCACUCGCCGGAGCUCCCCACACUAGAAUUAACUGUCUGAGUUCGCGUCCGCUUGUCACGGGUGGCCUUUGGAGCAAGGGGAGGCGCGCGCGCGCGCGCGCUCAGAGCCCUACGACGGGCGGCGGACAGGCGAGCCGGCGCUCGCUCCAGACGGCUGCUUCUGCUGCUUCUCGGGGACGGCAAUGGUAGUCGUGGUGGAAGCGACCGGCGAGAAUGCUCUGAACCUCAUUUUGGGAGGAGUCAAGUGUUUAUAAUACAACAAGAGAAGAUGGAAAACAGUAUUGUCAAUCCCUGAAAAAUAUGGAAAUUUUUAACCUGGCACAUAUUUUAAAUAGUCCCUUGGCAUCAUAAAUGGUGUAUAUUAAAGCAGGGAUUUAUAAAAUGGAACAUUGGAUCUUCUACAAAUACUUAAUGGAAAGAUCUGCAAAAGACUAUUGCACCUGUCUUGCAUCAAAUUUGGAAGAAAUUUAUACAUUUAUUUGUUAAGCUAACUUUCAGUUCAUAUAUAAUAAAUUAGAUCCUAAGUAGAAUAAAAAGAGAGCCUUUGUGGAUACUUGUAUUGAACAUGACUCAUGGAGAAGAUCUUGUCUCUGAGAUGCACCAGGAUUCCAUUGUUCUAACUUACUUAGAGGGAUUACUAAUGCAUCAGACAGCAGGAGGUUCGGGUUCUGUGGUUGACAAAAAGCCUACUAGUAAUGCUGAAGAUCAGAAUUUCGGUGUUUCUGGAAAUGCAUCUCCCAGCUGUCAGAGAGAUGGUGUUCCUAACACACAUAACUAUAGAAGUUCUGGCAUGUUGCAUCAUAAAAAGGCAAGACUGCUACAGUCGUCUGAAGACUGGAAUGCUGAAAACAAAGGGCGAUUGUCUGAUUCUCUUGUGGAUAUAAAUGAGAAAAAAGAAGUGUUGUUGGCUGGCAUGGUUGAAAAUGUGCCUAAAAGCAAGCAAGAUAGCACAUUGCUGGCUUCCUUACUACAGUCAUUUAGCUCUAGGUUGCAGAGUGUUGCUUUGUCACAACAAAUUAGGCAGAGCCUUAAGGAGCAAGGAUAUUCCCUCAGCAACGAUUCUCUGCAGGUAGAGAAAGACUUGAGGUGCUAUGGUGUUGCAUCCAGUCACCUGAAGACACUGUUGAAGAAAAACAAAUUGAAAGAUGAAAAACUGGAGACUGGUCUGCCAGAGCUAACAACAAACCUAGUUCAAGAUCAGUUUAAAGAAUCUACACAUUCAGGACAGAGUGGUUCAAAAGUGAUGAAUGAAUCACUUUCUUGUGCUGCAAGAUUACAAGCUGUUGCAAGCAUGGUAGAAAAAAGAUCUAGUCCUGCUGCAUCGCCUAAACCCAGUGUCGCCUGUAGCCAACUUGCUUUGCUUCUUUCAAGUGAAGCACACUUGCAGCAGUAUUCCAGGGAACAUGCUCUAAAAGCACAAAAUGCCAAUCAAAUUGCAAGUGAGAGACUUUCUGCUAUGGCAAGAUUAAAAGAAACUGUUCCAAAAGAUGUUGGUCAUUUUAAACUAUCAAAAGGAAUGGAAAGCCAUCUGAAUGGUCAGGCAAGAUGUUCAAACAAAACAAUAACCAGUAAAAGCAAUAUCACAAAUUUUCAGAGUCAUAUGGGCAUAAUUCAUUCAUCUCCUAAAAUUAUAAGCUACAAAACAUUGGAAAAAAGUCAUAUGAAACCACCUACCAACAGUAGUUUACUUUUGCACCUCCUGAAAAAUCACAGUGCUACUAAGCAGACUAAGCGAUAUGAACAAAAUGACAGGUCCAAUAUUUUUGAGGAAAGCAGUACACCAACUACUGUUGAUGAAUACUCUGACAACAACCCAAGUUUUACAGAAGAUGAUAGUAGUGAUGAUGAAAGUUCGCAUUCAAAUUGUCUUCCUAUAGAUUUAUCUUUCAAACAAAAAACAAAUACUCAAGAUUCAGGGCAGCCAGCUUCUCUAGACAAUUUAACUCAAUCCUUAUUUCAUAAUUGGGAAUCAAAAGUCCCAAGUCUGGAAAAUAUAGAAGAAAAGGAUCCCUCUAAAAAUACAAAAUUGAAUUCACAUCAAAAAGUAACUUUACUCCAGUUAUUACUUGGCCAUAAGGAUGAAGACAACACAGCAAAAGUUAAAGAAAUCGAGGGAACAUUAGUUCCAGCUGAUGUGGCAAAAUUUAAUUUUUCAAUGAGUAACAGAACUCCUGUUAUUGACUCCUCUAGUACUAAUCGAAUAAUACCAGUACAUACUACUCCUUUACCAACUUCUGCAAAAGCAGAUUCACCUAUCAACCUUUCACACAAUUCUCCUUUAAUGAUAAAAUGUAAUUCACCACCAUACACUUGCAUCAUACAGCCUGAAAGACUAACUAAUCCAGCUUCUAAACACUUGAUAGAUCUUACUAUACACAAAGAACUUCAUGGAAGUAAACAGAACAAAAAAGAAACUUUACAAACAUCUUCAUCUUUCAGCGCAAGUAAACUAUUGCAAAACUUAGCUCAAUGUGGAAUGCAGUCUUCCAUUUCAGUGGAUAACCAAAGACAAACAAGCAAACAACUGAUGACUCCUAACACCGAGAAACCAGUGGGGUUGAUAGAUGGACUACAUACUUCCCUGCUUCCUAACACAUCAUGUACACUUGAAAAAAACAGAAUGCUCACUAAUCAAUUUGUCCCAGGAGAACAAAAACUUCCUGGUUCAGAAAUCCAGAAUCUGCUGGAACGACGCACUGUGCUCCAGUUACUUCUGGGAACCUCCAGCAAAAAUAUGAGUGAAACAAAAGAAAAAAUGCUUUUAAAAGAAGAAAGUUUACAAGAUCCAACAGAAAAAGUUUUGAAUGAUCAAAUAUUAACUGUAAAAAUAAAAGCUGAACCUUCUGAGGAAGAAUCCAGUGCCCUUCAGAAUUCAAAUGCUCAACAAAUAAUUGGAAAUGUUAAUAAGAAAUUUCCAGAAAUGGCUCAUUCAUUAGAGAGAAAUAUAGCUAUUUCUCCAGCAUCAGAAGAAUUUCAGUCCCACUCUCUUACAUCUCAAGGAUUUUCUUUUUCGAAGAAUGGCUUACUAAGUCGAUUGCUGAGACAGAGUCAAGAUGACUGCUCUGCAGAUAUUCUGGACAGGAGAAACCAUGAACAGACUUUUGUGGAAUCAAAAAGUCACAGUAUGCUCCCCAAAAAGAGAAAACUGCAUUCCGAAUCUUUAGAAGGUCCUUUAAAAAUACUAAAAAGUAAUAAAGGUAGAAUAUCUGAUGUUACAAACAAUCACAAAUCUACUGCAGACUCUUUGUAUGUGAGUGGUCUUAACCAAAAAGAAUCUAAGUUCACCAGAACUGAUUUUGAAUUAAAAUAUUCUUCAUGUUAUGGGUCAAAUAAUGAAAGUGAAAACAGAAGUUGGUCUAGAGAAAGUAAAGGAUUUAAUGUACUAAAACAACUGCUUCUAUCAGAAAAUUGUGAAAAAGAUAUGUCUCAGCAUAGAAAUAAUUUAUCAGUAACUGAUGGCAAAAAGAAAGGAAGCAAACAUAACCUAACAAAUAAUGACAAAGUUGAAUUCAAUGUUUCUCCUGUACAUGCAGUAGUGGGGAAUCCUGGGCAACCAAGCAAUUGCUUGGACUACCCAACAUUUCAUUAUUCAGUUGCUAUGAAGAGUCCUGCCAGUUCUCCCUUCACUGAACAUUUGGGAGGCACAGUAUCAUCAAAGCCAGAAUGUGACCAGUUUAGCAUUUGCCAUGUACCUAAUGAAAGGGGACCUCUAAAAUGGGUCAUCACUGAUUCUGACAAAAAUGAACAUGAAAGAGACUCUCCAAGACUGACCCAAACUAAUCCAAUAUUGUAUUACAUGUUACAAAAGGGGGGAAACCCUAUUAAUAUUCAGGAAACACAUAGUAAAGAUGCUUGGAGAGAGAAACCGUUUAUAGAAAAUUCAUCUUCUGUCACAAUGAAGAAAGAGUUAUCUCCUGUCACAGAAUGUAAAACAUUUCCUAAUAGAAGAAAUACAUACAGUAGCCAUUCAAAUAAUAAGGUAUCCAUUCAGCACAAUGGAGAAGUAUAUGGACUCUUAGAAAAGGUGUUAACCAUAAAAAAAGAACCAGAGUAAGUUAUAAUCUUACAAGGUGUUUACAGUCAGGUUUAAAUCUUUUCUUUGAAUAAAAUAAUGUAAAUCUAGCAUGAUUUGAGAAGAGCAUGGUAUAGUUGUGGUUUUGUUUGAUGAAAUUUUUUGGUGAUAUUUAAAUUGCAUACAGCUUUUGUUCUUUAUUUUUGCUUUACAAGAUACGUAUCACAAUACAUGUCAUCAUGACUUGUUAAUUAUAUAAAUGUCCAUGAGUAAUUUGCAAUUGGAUUGUACUCAGUGAGUAACUGCUAUUACUGUCCUUGCACAUACAUAUGUGCUUAUGUAAACCCAUAUAACUUCCUUAUAUGUUUCAAAAUCAUGCAAGCGAUAAAUCACAGACUUCUUAAACAGCUGUAUGUGAUUUGUAUACAUAGCAAAGAAAAGGAAUCAUAUGGGAAAAUUUAUUUACAUAUACCUGGACAAGUGCCGGAAUAACUACUGAGGCAGAAGCAACUGCAGUAAGAUACGUACAAAAUAUUUCUUAUUUGCAAGUACUGGUGUUACUCACGUAAUGCAGUAUAAUUUAAGGUGGAAGUGCAACAUUCGACGUUACAUAUUUUCUCUCGCCACUGGGCUAUCAUCAUCUUGUGUUGUCUGCUCAUUUAUAAAAUGUGAAGAAUAUUUUUAUAUAUAUAUAAAUGGAUCGUCAUUCAGACCAAGUCAUUUAUUUGUUGUUUUUGUAAUCCUUAUCAGUGUUAACUAGAGAAUUGUACACAAUGAAAUUUCUAGUGCUUCCAAAUGGAUUUUAAUUGUGUUUUGGAAAUCUGACAGAACCACAAGAAAUAUACUGUCUUUUCUCUAGUUGCCUUCCCUAGACACUCAGCUGAAAUAAAUUAAAAUCUGGGUUAUGACUUUAAAAAAGUAAUGAAGCUGGAUCAUAAAUUACUGGCAGUAAAAGAUAGAUUUCUUUCACUACUUUCAAUUGUUUCUUUAUAUUUAUUCAAACUUUUCAGUGAAAUUAACGUAUGAAUAAAGUUGAAAGUUUCCAGACUUAUGCUUAAAAAAGAAAAAAAAUAUAUAAUAGUCAAUCCAUCACCAUGAUCUGUUUUCUCAUGAAUUCAUAUAUGUAAGAUGAAAGAUGCAUGAAUUAUCAGAUGGUCUAAAACAAGCUCACGGUCAUUUUUUUUAGCUUUUUCUAUCCCAGCAAUAAGAAAGGAAUUGUAAAUUGGAAGAACUGAUUUUAACAUCUGAAUGCCUUAAAAUAAACUCUAAAUUUGAAUAUAGAACAGGAAAAAUUGUGAAGUAAACAAACCAAGCAUUCACUAAUGUGAAAGUUUUAUUUUAUUGAUUCAUAGAAGACCAGAAAUCUAGGGCGGAAAGUGGCAAGAAACCUCAGAAAUAAUUUUAUUAUCUUCAAAAUUAGUGGUUUAAUUUAUAUCACUAGGUAGGAAAUUUAUGUCAAACAAAAUUCAAGGCUAAAUAAAAAUAACCAACAUUUUCUUUUUAAUUUAGAAGAUUAAUUCUCGAGAAAUAGUGGAUUGAUUAGCCACAAACCCUAUAUAAUUACAAUUUUGACGUACCCAAGGCUGUAUACUUUUAUAUAUAUAAUUUUUCUGCAUUUCCUUUCAAACACAUUACUUGGUAACAAUUUUUAUUUUGACUAAAUCCAGAUCAAUUCAAGUCUUCCAUGGAUUUGGGCUAAAAUUGCAUCUGUUUAAGGACAAAAAGCCAAGUUUAGUUCAGCUCAGCUCAAUAACUUUAGCUAUAUUAAAAAUCUGUGUGAAAUAGUUAUUGGUGACAAACUAAACUUUUAUAUAUAAACAGAUACAUAUCGGUUAGAUAACAUUUUAACUGAAAAACAGGUUAUGCUGAGAUUAGAUGAGAAGAAGGCUAGUUUAAUUAUAAAUCCGGAAUUUUUUUCCUGCAGUGACUACAGGUAGUCCUUGACUUAUGACCAUUCAUUCAGUUACAGCUAUUACAGUGCCCCUGCACUCACAUGAUCAAAAUUCAGGUGCUUGGCAGCCCACCCUCACUUAAAACCACAAGGGCACUUCAACACCACCUACACACCUAUCUCUUCCCCCCACAUCUGUGUCCUUUUGGGUGCUGUGCACAGCAAAUUUCCUCAGCAGCAAUGGCAGUGCUGGGGCUGAAUUAGAGGCCCAAGGCCUUCAGCAGUCUCAGCCAGCUGCCGCACCGCCCCCAGGCCUCUACUUUGGCCCCAGCACAGCUGGCCCCACUGCUGAGGAGUGCUGCCAACUGCCCUACAUUUCACAGACCCUGCUGUGCCUAGCUGACUUUUACCGGCUUCCACGGUUGAUGAGGUGCGCCUGGCCUGCCUUAUGCGAGGCAGCUGCUGGCCACUCCAGCCCUUAUUUCUGAGGCCGCUUGCUCCUGCCAUUCCCCAAAUAGCCUGCCCCGUUCUCAAGAUGCCUUGGAAGACCUCAGAAUCUUUCCAAAGCAGUGGCAGUGCAAGAAGGGGGCAUACUAUCUGGAGAAUGGCAGGUGCACUCCACUCCCACACUGCUUCAGAAAGCCUUUGGAAAGAUUCUGAGAUCUUGCCAGGCAUUGCCAAGGAAUGCCACUGUGCAGGGCAGCCAAAAGGUCAGAGAAGGGGGGGGGGAGAGGCAGGUGGGGAGAGUUGAAGCGAAGGUGAGUGUGGCAAGGCAUGAAAAGCAUGAGGUAUCAUCUAACAACAGCACUGUCCUGGCCUAACAACCGCAGCUGGGACUACCGGAACAGCUGUCGCUAAGCAGUCACAUGAUGUUUUGCCUAAUGACUGCAUUGCUUAGUGAUGGAAGUUCUAGUCUCAAUUGUGGUCAUAAGUCUAGGACUACCUGUAAUAUGCACUCAAAUGAUUCAUGAACAAAAUAUAAGUCACAUCUUCCCCUUUAUGUUUCCCAGAAGCUACUGUUGCUCCUUGAGAAGUUAGCCAUCAUAUCUAGGUGCCAUCAGUAACUUUAUUCUCUGAUUUUGCCUAAUCUCUCAUUACAGUCAUACAAAUUGGUGACCCUUAGUAGUAGCAGCAAACUACAAUUAGGAGUUUUGCUUCAACUCUUAAGAGUAUUAUUGAAGUUCAAGUCCUAUGCUCAUUAUUUGAAGAAAAAACUAAUCAAAUUGAACUUUUUUGUUAGGGGUAUGUAUAACAUGGAAAAUGUGCCUUGGAAAUUCUGCUGAAUUAUUAAAACUUGCAAAAGGCACAUUGUGCCUUGGAAGUUCUGCUGGAUUAUUCCAGGUGGCUGUGAUUCAGCAGAACCAAACCCAGGAUAUUUUGUUUGUUCUAGAUUUCAUUCAAACUGAACUCUGGUGGUCUCUUACAAGAGGGGUGGCGAGAAGCUGGUGUGCCUUACUCUUUUCUCUUCUACAUGGCCUGUGCAUCAGCGAAUUCACCAAUCUUCCCAGUGCCAUCUUUUCUCUAUUUCUCAUUAUGCUGUGCUAGAAGCCAAGUACAUCAGCAGCAGCUAUAGGGAGCUAGGGAAAGGGGGACCUGGGAAGAUUCAGGGGUGGGCAUGCUAGUUAGGCAAGACAUUGGCAACAGCUGUGUCCCUGCCCACCUGAUCUAUGUUCCCAAUUCUUCCUUUAUAUUUUCUAGUUUUUUCACCAGUAUGUCCUUUGCUUUUCCCCAUUGCUCCCCCCUCGCCAGGAACACAUACUUUGGCCUGGGUGGAACAUAAACCACCAGAAAUGAACUUUCUGUGCAUAGAUGGUUCAUGCAGAGAAUGUUUUGCAAGUUUUAAUAAACAUGUAUUAAUGCACUAUUACGGUGUCAUCUUAUAAUGUCUUCUCAAAUAUAUAUGCUUUUGGGUUCAGUAGACUUUUCACAUAGAAAUGGAGUGAGCAGCUUAGCAAUUUUGCUUGUUUCUUUGCCUUACAGCAUUUGGAAUUAGCCAUUCUAAUUCAGUAUCUCACUUUUCAAUAUCAAUAGUUAUAUUUGAGAUCAUGUUUAAUGGGCUUGAAUCAUUUAUUGUGUUUCAAAGAAUAUAUUAUUGGGCCUGUCAAAAUUUUAUACAGUCUAUUGCCAAUUAAUUGUAUUAUUAAAACAAUGUGUGUAAUCGUCUGUAUCUAGGAAAGAUUUGUAUCUAGGAAGAAAUACCAAGCUCAAAUGACCUCGAUACAUCUUUACAUUUCAUGCAAAUUGGCAUGAAAAUCUGGCAAAAACCUUUUUUAUAUCUUUUUAAAAUAUCAAUAUUUAGUUGCAUCACUUCUUGCCACUUAAGCAUUCAGAUACAUGUAUUAUUUUCAUGAUAAUCAUUAGGGUUGCGUUAUUAGUAUUUUGUGGCCUAGUAAUGAACUGUGGCCUGCUCAACACAAACACCAAAGGGGUUCUGUUGUUAACAGCUUAUAUUCAAUUAGGUACUAUUUCACAUCUCACAGAUGUGAACCUUUCUGUAUUUUAUGACCAUAUUAGAAAUAUUUCAAACUGCAAACCUUAAAAUACCACUUUUAAUGAAGAGGAGGGUCUGAAAACAUACUCCUGUGAGUGCUUUAGCUUCAGCUUGGCCUCACAGAUGGCUGAGAGCCAAGAAACAAAAUUGGCAGCCAAUUGGCUUUAAAAAUUCCUUUAGGAACUCGGGAUUAUCUACUCUUCCUGUUUGACUCUUUAUUUUGAUUUCUCCCUCUGGAUCCUAUCUGAAUCUCCAAUCCUGUAUAAAUUCAGCUACAGAAACAAUAUAAUAGACUACUGUGUACAAGAUUGGAAUCAGCUUAAUUACAAGGUUAACAGAAAAAAAAUAUACAAAAGUAAUAUAUUAAUGAGAUUUAUCUCAAUCUUCCACCAUUCUAUAAAAGCAAACAUAAAUUGUGAUUUCCCCAAAAUCUGGCAUUCUAUUUUACUAGAAAAAAAAGUGGUUUUAUUUUCCACACCUGGCUGUGAACCCAUGAAUAUAGUGGUUACUUCCAAGUGAAUAUUCAUAAUAUUGGGUUGCACAACCAAAACCCAUACAUGCUUACCUUCAAAUAAAUACUAUUCAGAUUUUGUACAAGUGGAAACCUCCAUUUAUUUACCAAAACAGACUGACUUUUUUUCUAGUUUCCAGGUGAACCUGAAUAGCAGAUGCACUGUUUUAAGGAAUUGGAGUCUCAGUACAAUGCCACCUUUUCAGGCUCCUGCAGAAAUCUGAAAAAAAGGGCCAGGCUGUUCUAAUGAAUAGCAGAGAGCUACUAUAAUUUUCACAGAUCAGAAACUCUUGAUUUUUGAGAUGUGCUCAGUCACCUUAAACUAUGUAUUUUCUAUAACAAGGAAUAAGUAUUUUUUUUUUUAAAUAUUUCAUUACCCCUGGAUGGAUCAUUCAAAUACAAUAGGGCUGUCACUGAUUAGGGCAAAAUAUUACCAGUUUAUUCUCUGCUGCAUCUUGGUUGAGUAAACUGGCAAGUUAUAUUUUAUAUCUAUAUGUAUACAUAUGUAAAUAUGUAGACUUCUUAACGUUUAAUUUUUUUUCCUAAAAACUGAUGUAAAUAGUGGUUUCUUUAAAAUACGUAUUUUGUAUUAUAUCAAAUGCAAAGAAAUUAACAUUUUAAUCAUUCUGUUCUGUAUAUUCCAUGUAUUAAUAAAUGUAAAUAUUAUUGCAUAGGUUUAACAUUUUGCAUGUAUGUAUACAGUGCAAGUCUGGAGGAAUGUAUAGAAAAUGUUUUAUUUAAAAUUGUAAUUACUGCUGCAUGAUAAAUGCAUGGGGGACCCUGUGCAUCUCAGCAAUGGCAAAAGUUGUAAAGUCAAAACCAGAUUAUCCAACAUCACUGUAUUCUGUUUCUGGACAUGACUUCUGCUAUGGUAUUUCAGCUUUGUGAAAGAAUGUGCUUCAAAUGAAAGGGUCUGGGGAAAAAGAACUACCUUAUUUUAAACAAAAAUAUCCUUUCCUUGCCCCCAAUCACCAAUAUUGUUAAGUUUUUAAUUCCAUUUAAAGUCACUAAAAUUCUACUACAGUAUUUUCAGAUAAUGUAACAUUGUUUUGCAUUGACCUACAUAAUAAUUGCAGGAUUUAUACAGCCUUUUUGUUGUGAAGUUUUCACUGAUUAAAAAAUAAAAAUCUCAUUUUAUUAAGACAUGACUUAUUCAUGUAAUGUUGCAAAACUGUACAUACUGCAGUGUGAAGUUUUUUAAAUUCUUUCAGUGUUUACUUCCUGCAGAAAAUUUGAAUAAAUGAAAACAUGCAUUGAA